AUGAGUGGAAGCGCUUUCAAACAAACAAUUGCACGGGUUCUUCGACGUGAAGGCGGCGGCAAUCGUGACUAUGGGAGUGUUGACCUUAUUGCAUAUAGUCAAAGACUUGAGAAUUUGACAUCCAGUGGAAUACUGUCCAGACCCCAAGGCAAUUUUGGAGUUGUGGUUGCUCGAGAGUUUACUCUUGGAGUAAUUCGUCAAGCCGAGUCAUCUCUAUUUCGGAUUAUCUUGACGAUUUCAACUAAUAUCGUUGCCAAGUUAACAGACAUUGUUUCGGCUGAAGAGGUUCAGAAACAAGGCGAAGAACGGGAAAUUUUUGAAAAGACUGGAUCAUGUUGUAAGGAUUAUGAGAUGGUUUUCAGUAGAAUGAAUACGUUAGAGGAUAGAUUUCUUGAGGCAGAAGAAGAGUUGCGGGAAAUGGAAGAGGUGUUAGUGAAAAAAAAGGAGGCGUUGGGGAAAAGAGAGGAGUGUCGGUGA